AUUAUUGACCAAUUUCCUAGAAGUAACAGAAUACGUAAUGUGGAGAGUUCAAUUGCCUCUACGCAGCAAAUAGACGUUCUACCUGUCAACCUCCCCAUUAAUCAACGUUUGCGGGAUAAUUACUUAGAAUUCCGCAUCCCUGGAACCCAGGGCGCCUUCUUAGAUCUAGCUAAUAUUGUUAUAGAUUUUAAAGAUGACGAUACCACAAAAUUGGAAGAGGAUGACCAUGUGGAAUUUGUGAAUGGGUUGUCAAAUACCAUGUUUAAAGGUGUUCAGGUUUUUUUAGGAGAGCAGGUAGUUGAAACAAAUACUAAUUUUAAUUAUUGGUCGUUUAUUAAAUUAAUUACCUCCAUGCCUCCAUCAAAAAUGUCUUCCUUGGGUAGAAUUGGAGGCUUUCGUAGGGACUGGAGAGAUGACGAUGGUAUAAUCACUAAUGAGUUUACAAAUACUUAUUUUACUGGAGCAACCGCCAAGGAUAAAAAAUUUAUGGGUGAUUUAAAAAGUAAAGGUUUGUCGAUGUGUUUCCCCCUCCUAUUGGAUAUAUCAUCCCUAGACCAAUACAUAUUAGAUAAUAUAGAUAUGCGACUAAGAUUAGAGCUCUACCCCCAUGCCUGGGUCCUAAAUACAAGAGUGGACGAUGGCUCUAACUAUCGCCUGCAUAUGGAUUAUGCUAAGUUAUGGGUGACGCGGGUGUUCCCCUACCCAAGUGCUUACCUGGCCUUAAACAGCUCACUGUUAGCAUCCCCUGACCCCAUAACAUAUACUUUCAAUAGAACCAUUUCUAAAACAUAUGUUCUAGCAGGGAAUCAAACUAGUCCCUUAAUUGAUCAACCAUGGGCGCAAGUAAUUCCACACAAGAUAUACAUGAUAAUCGUUCCAAUGAAUUAUUUCGCCGGUCUUCACCAAGGUAAUGGAUUAUAUUUUGAAAAUGCAAAGCUGAAAAGUAUUGCUAUGUAUUUGAACAAUAAUGCAAUUUUCCGAAUUGGUGGCGAUUUCGAUAACCAUUAUUCCCGCCUUUAUUAUGAAACUUUGAAGACAUUAGGCUUAGAGCGUGAUUCACUACUUGCCUAUGACUCUUUUAAUAAGGGAAGAUCAAUAUUCGCCUUUGACUUAACCACCAUUCAAACAAAGGAUUCCCUCCCUGUGGAGAAAUCUGGCAACUUGCGUAUGGAGCUUGAAUUUGGUGGCGGUGUUACAUAUAACAGACUGGUUUUACUGUUUUGGGAAACGACCAGGGUACUAUCCAUCGACGGGCAGAGAACUGUUCUGUGUGAUGUACGAGCGUAA